CCCUCUGACGCUUCAGGGUGAGUUUGGGUAGUUCGAUGCAAUGGCGGGGCCGACAUGAUCCCACGGCUUCUGUGGCUCUGCUGCGUCCUUCGGGCCACUGCCCUUGACAACUUGGGGCAUUCGGACGGCCGCCGGCGCAGUAGCAACCGCCGCCGCAGCGGCGAUGGUAAAGGCGGCAAAGACGAUGGCGGCGAGGACGACGACGGAGAGGUGGACGGGUUCGCUUUGGAUGUGUCCCCGGCAUUCUUCGACAUCCGAGACGACCAUGCCCGUGUCCACAGCACCUCCCUUAGAAUCGACAACCCCAGCGGCGCGGCCGGUGUGGCGGAGAUCUCCCUGCAGCACCCAACGGCGCGGCGGCUGGCGUCAGAGGGCCUCGUGGUCUUGAAGGGCCGCGCUGAGGCGGUGACCCAACGGCGCUUGCAAGAGAACUGCAGCCAGCCCCUGCUGCUGCUGCGGCCCCGCAGCCACCAGAGCGUGCACGCCACGCGGCGCCUGGCAGAGCUGCCAGGAUUGGAGAACGGGCACGUGGUGUUCCUGCCGCACCUUGGCCUGGGCAUCGCGAAGCUGGACUGCACCAAGGACGCCGCGGACGUGGCCAAGCAGCUCGAGACCCAGCAUCCAGGGGACUUGGAGUUCGUGGAGGUGGAUGCCCGGAGCUUCUUCAAGUUCAACGGCUCCAACGCCACAGCCGCGCCAGGAGACUCCUCCUGGAGCCGGCAGUGGGGCAUGCGGCGCAGCGGCUUUGAAGCCGCCUGGGCCAAGCUGGAGCAGAUGGAGAUGGAGCCCAAGGCAGUCACAGUGGCUGUGCUGGACACUGGCGUGCAGCUGAACCACGAAGACCUGCAGCAUCGGCUCUGGGUGAACCCCGGGGAGAUCCCAAACAACGGCGUGGACGACGACGGGAACGGCUACGUGGACGACGUGCAUGGCUGGGACUUCGCGGAUGAUGACAACGACCCCUCGGACGAGGAUGGGCACGGGACCCACUGCGCCGGCGUAAUCGGCGCCAACCAGAACGAUCGGGGGGUUGCGGGUGCUGCAGGUGGCAACUCCGAAGUGCGGAUCAUGGCGCUGCGCUUCUUGUCCAGCGAUGGGGGUCGCACCUCUGACGCGAUCCUGGCGCUGAACUACGCCCUGGCCAACGGCGCGGAGAUUUCUUCCAACAGCUGGGGCGGUGCCGCCCACAGCCUGGCGCUGGAGGCGGCGGUGCAGAGCGCCAAAGCGGAAAGCCACCUCUUCGUUGCGGCUGCGGGGAAUUUGGGCAACAGUAACGACUUCAUCCCCACCUACCCCUGCAACUACGAGGCCGCGCUCUGCGUGGCUGCCACAACGCCCACCGAGGAGCUCGCAGACUACAGCAACUAUGGGGUUCGGUCGGUGCAAAUUGCUGCCCCUGGCACGGACAUUUACAGCACCUACCUUGGAGAGACUGGCUAUGCGGCGCUGAGCGGGACCUCCAUGGCCACGCCCCACGUGGCCGGGGCUGCGGCGUUGGUGUGGAGCUGGAUGGGCGGCCGCUUCGUGAGCGGCACGGAGGACUUGCGGUCCAUCAUUCUGGAGUCUGCGCAGCAGGUGCCAUGGCUGGACGGCUUCGUCAGCGACGGCUUCCUGGACGUCACCGGUAUGGUGUCCAAGGCGGAGAGCCGCAACUGGCUGCGGCUGGGGCACUUCUCCCCGGCGCUGCCAUCCGACGGCUCUCCGCUUUCUGUGCCGCUGGAGAUCGGCCAUGAGUUCCUGGCGGUGGGCGAGUAUGAGGCAGAGAUCGUCAUCACGUACAGCGGUUACAAGGAGGAAGUGGUGCCAGUGAGCUAUGCCAUCUUGGGGGUGCCGCAUUUGCCGGAGGCUAUUUUCCAGGGAGACUUGGACUUCGGCACAGUGCCGCUGGGCGGCGAGGGCCGGCGCACCGUGCGGCUCUGGAACUCGGGCAAUGGCACGGCGCGGGUUCAGCUGGGCCAGCUGGCGCCUCCCUUUGCAGGGCCCCUGCUGGAGGUGUCUGUCGAGCCCGGGGCGAGCCGAGACAUGGUGCUCACCUGCCGCCCUGUGGCCGUGGGAGAAGUGACCGGCACUGCCGGCUUCGGCACGAACUCGGGGCUGGGGGCCUUUGAGGCGGCCGAGGCGGGCGCUGUAGAACGGGGCCAGCACUUCUCCAUGGCGCUGCGCUGCCGCGGUAGCGAGGCCCCCCACCUGGCCACGGACGCCUUCAGCGGCGCAAUGUUGCUGCAGGAGGGGCAGUUGCCUUUCUACUUCACCCCCUGCGUGCCUGCGCAGUGGGAGGCUGAUAUCCUGGAACCGGCCGGCAAUCUCACGGCGGGGCUGGCGCCUCCGCCAGCGCAGGCGGAAGGCUGCUCGCCCCACGAGCCUGAUGAUGUGGCUGGGCGCAUCGUGCUGGUCAGCAGAGGUGGGUGCACCUUUCAGGAGAAGGUGGAACUAGUUCAGGAGGCUGGUGGGGUGGGCGUUCUUUUCUACGACACGGAGUCGGUCACCACGCUGCGGAUGAUGGGCCCCGCGGAUAUGGAGAGCCCUCCCAGCCUCCCAGCCUUCAUGAUCUCCCAUGCCCAAGGCCUCACGCUGCGGGACCGCCUGGAGUCUGGGGAGGUGCUGGUGGUGUCCAUGAUCCGGCGCCCCAUUGUGCUGCACACCCAUGUGCCGACGUCUGGAGCCCCAAGAGCCUUUGGGCAGCUAGGACUUUGGAACCUGGGCGGCGGGCCGCUGAGCUGGAAAAUGGAGGUGAACAUGCUGACCUUUGAUGAUAGCAACUUCUACUCCUUGAUCUACGACGGCGCUCUGAAUGCCUCAGCAGGUGUGGGGGUGGCACCUCUCCCCACAGCCCCGGCCUUCUCCUGGACCUUGGGUUUGCACAACGGCCACUUCGCGCAGGAUGUGGAUGACGACGCCGUGCCUCUGGACCUGUCGUGGCCGCUGCCCUUCUUUGGACAGCCUGUGCAGGACGUGCAGAUGUCCUCCAACGGCUUGCUUGCCGUGGCGCCGGACGCCAGCACCUAUCAGCCAGGCCGGGACUACUGGGGCCAGCUGCCUUCGGCGGCGCUGCCGAAUGGUUUGGUCGCGGCCUAUUGGGACGACUUGUGGUGCCGCAAGGCUCAGAACUGCGCGCUGCUCACAGGGCGGUUGGCAGCGGUUCCACAGCCGGAUGGGCGCCCGCAGUGUGGGGCUGGCAACGCCACCGUGGUGCAGUUUAAGGACUUCGAGCACCGCUACGAUAGCAGCGCCGUGGUGUCCUGUGAAGUGCGGCUCUAUGAGGAUGGGUGCAUUGAGGUGCAGUACCAGCGCCUGCCGAAGCGGUCGAAGCGGAUGUCGGCGAAGGUGGGCCUUGAGACGCGGGACGGGCGAAGUGGCCUGAACUUUGCGAUGGCCCUGCCGGAGGCCGAGGGCUUCGGGGUGAUGAUGGUGCCCUUCCUGGGCUCCAAGUCCGGGGCCGGCGGCGCCAUCGCCGCCGGCGGCCAUGCGAGCUACGACUUUCACGUGGAGGGUCACAGGUCCCGACAGGCCUGGAUCAUGGUGCGAUCCUGGGACGCCACGCAGCACUGGUACUCCGAACGUGUGGUGCGGGUGGCGCAGCAGGUGUUCAGCUAUGCCUGGAGGGCUGGCGACUGGGGGCCUUGCACGCAGCUCAGCUGCGCCCCCACCUCCUUGGCACAGCAACGUCGGGAGGUGGCCUGCGGGGGCUCCGACGGAGGUACCUAUCCAGUCGACCGCUGCGGGGGGCCACCGACCUGCAUGGACAACCCUGCGGGCUGGGUUGACACCUGGGGCGACUCCUGCACGAUCUACGGCACGAACCUCUACUGCACUGCGCAUGGAGGCUACGGCCCCGGCUGGCAGUGGUUCUGGGGCUCCUUCGAGGACUACCGCCGGGCAGGGCACACGGCUCUGACGGCGUGCUGUGCCUGCGGCGGGGGAACGCUCACGGUGCUGCAGCCAGAGGAGGUGCGGGAAUGCUUGGACCCCACGCAGGGCCCCGACUUGGAUGGGGACGGGGUAGACGACUGCCGCCCCACGGUAGAGGCGCCCGCGCCUUUGACCGAGACGGGCACUACCACCACGGAGACCACGAGCUCGUCCACCGCCACCCUGACGACCCAGACGGGCACGAGCUCCACUCAGACGACCUGGACGUCAACCAGCAGCACGAGGACCACGCACACACUGAGCAGCACCACAAGAACGGGCACCACGAAGACCACCACGAGAACCAGUUCCUCCACGGCCACACGCACAGAGACCACAAGGACAGGCAGUAGCACCACAUCCAGCACCGCGACCAGCUCCACAGCGACCACCAGCGCGACUGGCACGAGCACCCCGUCGACCACCUCGCGGUCCGAGACACAGACGUCGACCAAGACGUUGACGAGCAGCUCCACCUCGGCCAGCUUGACAUCCACCACGACGGAAAGCAGCAGCUCCACGACGCAGACAAGAUCAAGUACGUCUAGCGCAAGCUCCUCUACCACCGGGACAUGGACGAGCACCAGUUCUGCCACUGCCACGGGCACAUCUUCGACCACCUUGUCCAGCACAACGGUCACAACACAGACGGGGACGGGCAGCUCAACAUCUGCGACCGCAACAUUCACGACAACUGGCACGAGCACAAGCACAGGGAGCAGCACCAGUUCCACAGCCACGGUUUCUUCCACCGCAACAUCCCUGACUGCCAGCACAACGGCUACCACCACCACAUCGGCCACGCUCACGUCGCACACCACAUCUAGCACACUGAGUAGCACCACAUCAAAAACGAGCUCAAUGACCAGCUUGACGGUAACCACCAGCAACACCAUCUCCAGCACUUCGACUGCGAGCAGCACAUUGAGCACCACAUCCUUGUCGAGCAGCACCUCGGUGACUGCCACGUCUACCACGAGCCAAACCACAACUGCCAGCAGCAGCACCACCAAAACCACUUCCUCUAGCCUUUCCUCCACAGCCACGUCGAGCGUUUCAAGCACGAGCUCAACGACGAGUGUCUCGACUACAUCCAGCCGCACAUCCUCCACGUCUAUCACAUCCAGCGUCACCCAGACCAGCACCAGCAGUAGCAGCACGGUUUCAGGCACCUCCUCCUCAACCACCACAUCUUCCUCAGCUACAAGUACUGCGAGCACCAGCAGCAGCACCAGCAUCAGCACCACGUCUUCCAGCAGCAGCUCGGUGAGUAGCUCCUCCAGCUCCAGCAGCGCCUCAGGAACCACCUCCAGUAGCUCUAGCACCUCAAGGAGCACCAGCCUGACCUCCAGCUCCAGCUCCUCCAGCAGCUCCAGCAGCUCCACCACUGGCAGCACCAGCUUCAGCUCGACCUCCUCGAGUAGCUCCAGCUCAUCCAGCAGCUCCUCCAUCAGCACCUCCGAGACCAAAACCACCACCUCCUGGACAUCCACAGGCACCUCCACUAGUAGCACCACCACCACCAGCACCCUGAGCUCGACAGUGACCGUCACAAGCACCGGCACCCAGACCAGCUCCAGCUCCUCCUCUUCCAGCACCACCUCUUCCAGCACCUCAUCUUCGUCUUUUACGACGUCCUCUUCGUCCUCCAGCUCUGCCACCGUCUCCAGCACCUUGAGCACCAGCAGUUCCUCCAGCACCAGCUCGAUGACACACAGCAGCACCACCACCACCAGCACCUCUGUGAGUAGCACCAGCUCUUUGAGCAGCAGCAGCUCAUCCAGCUCCAGCAGUUCCAGGACGUCCAGCACCAGCGAAACCAGCAGCAGCAGCCUCAGCUCCAGCAGCUCGUCAACGUCCACCACCUCCUCCGGCACCUCCACGCGAACCACGGAGACGGCGACGAGUAGCUCCAGCAGCAGCUCGAGCACUAGGAGCAGCACCAGCACGGGCACCACGUCCAGCACCAGCUCCCAGACCAACACGCGGACCUCCACACAGACCACAUCCACCACCUCAGUCACCGGGUCUUCCACCACGAGCAGCUCCAGCAGCGGCACCAGCUCGAUCACCUCCUCCACGACCAGCACGCACAGCACCACGAGCUCCAGCACUGAGACGACCAGCAGCGCAACGACCACCAUCUCAAGCACCACUAGCCGGACUGGUACCAGCACCUCCAAGACCAGCAGCUCCUCAGAGACCAGCACUUCCUCCAGCACCAGCAGCUCCUCAAAGACCAGCAGUUCCUCCACCACCACGGCAACCACCACCUCUCGCACAUCCACCACCGCCACGGUGUCCAGCAGCACGAGCGCGACCUUCACCACCACCUCGGGCACCGGGACCUCCACCAGCGCGAGCUCCAGCACCACGGUGUCUUCCACAGCCACCUCCAGCUCCACCAGGACGACGACCUCCAGCAGCCGAACCUGGACAAGCUCCACCGAGACCAGCUUGACACAGACGAGCUCAACUCAGAGCACCACGACAAUGACGAGGAUAGAUCCGCUGGUGCAGGUGAUGAGCGAGCCGGAGGAGGUCCAGACCAUCGAGAGCACGCUGCUGGUCCUGGGCGCCAACGACUCGAUGCCCAACAUCGAGGAGAGUUUGCAGGAUUCCAUUGGGGAGACCUUGGACAUUGACCCUCGGCGUGUUGCCAUUGCAGACUAUGGCAUGACCUGGGCAGCCGUCCUUGAGAACGCGGUGCCCGACUCCGGGGGAAGACGGCUGGCGGACUUGAUGGAGAGGGCUUUGGAGGUGGAUUUCCAGGUGAUCCUGCCAGGCGAGGCUGUGGACUUCGGCUCUGUGGGGCUGGGGGCCUUCACCUCGGCGCAGGGCCUGGUGAAUGCCCUGGCGGCCAUCAAGGACGAUCCCUCCCCGCUCCUGUCGCGGCUCUCCUCCUCGCUGGCGCUGGGAGUUGGGGAGCUGCGUGCACGCCUGACCACCCCGACCGUGCGGCAGAAGCAGGCGGUCUUCGUGGCUGGUGCCUGGGGGCCCUGCGGCGGCGACUGGCCGUGCCUCGUGGGCAACUUGGCGCUGCGGCACCGCGGCGCCUGGUGCGCCGACGCGGACAACGUCUCGAAGGUGCUGCUCUCCUCCUUCUGCACAGGCCCUGCGCCCAGGACCUCGGAGCCCUGCACCGGGCUUCUGCCGCCCGCCUGCGGCUGGCAGCCGGGCAACUGGUCCGCCUGCCGCCCGGAAAAUGAGACCCAGGAAGAGGACUGCCUUGGAGAAGGUCUUCAGCUGCGGAACGUGAGCUGCCUGGGCCCCGAGACCUCGUGCCCGGAGUUGGAGAAGCCGCGGGGCCAGCGGAGCUGCGAAUGCGCGGUGAAGUUCGUGCCGAAGUCGGGGGAUAUGCUGGCCAGGGCCACGUUGCAGACUGCAGGGGGCGGGACGCUGCUGGUGGGGCUGGUGGCUGGAGCCUGCGUGCUCUUCACGUGCCUCAGCUUCGGCUGCGCCACCCUCACCAUGAAGGCCAAGACGACGCUUACAAAGCUGGAGAAGGAAAAGGAGGUGGACCACCACACAGGCCGAGAGGCAGCGACCGUGCCCAGCCUCCAUGGGGGGGCGCUCCGAGCUGUGACAGUUUGCGUGGCUGCCGGGCGUCAGCGCCCGAACCGCCAGAAGAUUGAGGAGGAAGACGAUGCCACGACGCGGGCAUCCUCACCAGUGCCCUCGCCCACGUCGCAGGGCUACCAAUCCCGCAUCUGCCCGAGCUCGCCCAGCGUGAGGGCCGCCGCUUCGCCCGCGUCUUCGCCGGUGUCGUCGGCGGUGCCGCCGUCCCCGAGCUCAGAGACCUUCUAUGUGGACCUCAACUCCCCGAGCGGCGCGCGACUGCCGUCCCCCAAGAAGGCCCGCGACGAUGCGCCCGGGCCCACGCCCCUCUUCGCCGCACUGUCCUCGCCCAGCAACCUGGUGCGGCCGAGCCUCUCGCAGUCGCCCAAGCGGCGGCCUCUGCAGACGGUGUCGGAGGAGAAGGCGCCCGCCGCUGUCCCAUCGGGCCCAACGAGCCCAACGAGCCCAGCGGCUGUGGCGCGGGAGGACAUGUGUUGUACGCUGUCCAGCAAGGAGCUCAACGAGCUCCCAGGCACAUGCGCGGCCGAGGACGCCCCCGUCCCCGCCGAGCGCGCGAGCGGCAACGAGCGCCCGCGCAAGAAGAAGGGUGUUCGACCGCCCACGUUGGAGCUGGAGCGCUACCUGCCGGAGGAGGAGGAUCUGACCUUUGCCUCGCCCAGCAAGUCCCCCAGCAAGUCCCGGGCGCCCGCUUCCAGCAGCUUCGCGCCGGCAUGGCUGCAAGAGCGGGGCACGCCCGCGCAUGCCGAGAGGCUGCCUUUGGAGUCGUUGCCGCCGCAGCCUUCGCUGCCAGCUGCGCCGCCCCCUACCCCGGGGCCGGUGCCGCCCUCGCCACUGCCGCCCAAGCCAGCGCCCCCACCGGAGACGCCUGAUGCAUGCGCCCGCCAAGGCCUCCGGCGCGGCGCGAGCCGCGUGAGCUUCCCUUCCGUGCCGCCCUCCCCCAGCGCAGGGGGGAAGGGCCUGGCGCAGGCCCCGAACCUGUCGCUGCCAACAAAGCCGGAGCUUCCUCCGGCGCCAGAUCUACCUGCCCCACCAAGGCAUUCCAGGUCGAGUGAAGCCUUUGAAAUUUGAGACGUAGCAUAGCCGGCUCGUGGCCGAGCGCCCCCUGGAAACAUGGCCAUGCGCGC